AUGAUGCGCCGCCAGGUACGGGUGGUUCAUGACGAUUCCGACGACGACGACUAUAGCAACUGGCCGGUGAACCGGCAAAAGGUGUUGGAGCAAUCGGUAAUGGAAAGCAAUUUAGGCAAUGUCGCGGCGGAUUUCAUCAAGCUCAACGAUUAUCGACGUCGAAGCUCAAACAUUGUCCAAAUCCGUAAAUGUGAUAUUGAAGGUACUGAAGAGGCAAACGCCACACGUGAAGAUCGACAAUUCAUAUCAGCAUGGAACACUUGGGGUUCGACCGAAGAGGCAAUGAAGACUGCGUACGGCCCACCCUCUACCGGUACAGGCAGUAGCCAUCGACCCGCUUCAACGCAGAGAAUGAGAGAUGAAGAAGCUUUCCUCGGACGCCCGUUGACAUUGGAGGACACAUAUGAUGAGUACCCACCCAGUCAUUCUCUGGAGACGUUGCGACAUCGUCGGAUUUCGCCUCAGACCCCUUGA